UCCUUAAAUGAAGCUGGUAUACUUUAUUUAUCACAAUUUUCUUUAGCCAAUUUUGGUCUUUAAAGCAGAGCCGACAGACAAGUUCCUCACCUUAUACCUACAUAAAUCCAAUAGUCUAUGUCUGGGUCAUGUACAUUUCUUUACCUUUAUCUAAUUUCUGUAAUCGUUUUCUUUUAAAAAGGCAAAUCUGUAAGGAGUUCACCGAUCUGCUGACUCAGGACCGCUCACCUCUGGGGAACUCGCGGCCGGCACCCAUCCUCGAUCAGGGAAUCCAGAGCUGCCUGACCCACUUCAGCCUCAUCACCCACGGAUUCGGCUCGCCCGCCAUCUGCGCCGCCAUGACCUCCCUCCAGAACUACCUAAACGAGGCCCUCAAACCGGUGGACAAAAUGUACCUGAGCUCUGGCAGCGACACGCAUGGCUCCUCCGACAACGGUAGCAAAGCCUCCGACAAAAUGGAGAAGCACAGGAAAUAAGGAAAUGCUCUCACAUUGGACUGUAUAGCCCCCCCUUUCCCCUUUGGACUACUUUGACGUCCUAUUUAGUAGCGAAAUUGUCGAUAUGAUUCUGAUUCUAGAUCAUUUUGUGUUUUCACACAGUUGAAUUUACAAUUUCCUGUGCUUAUGGCCUGUGCUCUUUUACGAGUAGAGCUUUUCAAAAGACUUGUCACUGCUUUUGCGUUGUUACUACCAAUGGCUGGUUUCAAUGCGAGAUCGACCUACCUUGGUGCCUACUGUAAUAGUAGGUGCCUAAGCUGCUUACAGCCAAAGGGCCUAGACGCUGUUGACAUGGGGAAAGGAACAGAAAACAGACUUUAUUGUUUCCCUAUAGG